CGCAAAUACGAAGUCGCCAUCGAGCUCGAGACGCGUAUUGGUAGCGCUAAAAGCUCGCCCAGACGCAAGGGUGGACUCUCACGAGACUGUCUUUGGCGCUGCAUCUGGUUGUUUGGGCGGCUGGCAUUUGGCCGGCCUGAAGCCUUGGGCUUCAGAGCAGGACAUGGCCGCAACCAUAGGAUCCCAGGACAGGAAUGAGCUAUUCCAGAAGCUGAAGCCAUGCUGCAUUCGAAUAAGCCAAAUCGCGAUCCGCCAAGGACCGGUUGCUGCGGCAUCUCAUGAGCUGCCCGAUGCGAUCAAUGAGCUCUUGGCUAUUCUGGAGGGGCAGAUUCAGCACAAUCCCCUGUCGCUAGACGAGAAGCUUGCCGAGUACAUCUUCUUUCCGCUUUACCACAUCUUUCGCCAAAUGGACCAAUACCCAUUGUUACUGGUUGAGAAAUGCGUCAAGUGUCUUCACAUCCUCAUCACCUUUGGCUGGAAAUCCAAACUCUCAUCGAAGCUUGCGCAGCAGAUACUGAGCCUUCUUGUCUUCAUAAUCGAUGGAGUGCCUGGAUCUCAAGCAACGCGGGAGGUUCCCGAAGAGACCAUUCUGGAAUCUUUCCGUGCCCAGACCGCUUUAUUCAACACUGCCGCAACCUCCCUGGAUGCAGCGUCGGGUCUGGCGGAUCAAGAGUCGAUCCCCAUUCUGGGUCAUGCCAUCACUGUUAUGCUCCAAGGGGCUACGGACGGUGCCAAUCAGCAGGUACAGAUCGAGGCCUUGCGAAGCUUGCAGGGCGUCUACUCAGCUCUGAAAGAGCAGGAAGCCCUGGCAAGCUUCCUCCCGGGAAUCGUCUCGUCUCUCACCAAGGCCCUGUCUACGCCGAACAGGUACAAAACAAAGGUACUGUCAACCUGCUUAGAAGCGAUACAGCUAGUUUUGACGAAGGUCCUUGGCGAUCUGAGGACGCGAGCCAUCGUUGCUCAAGAAGAGGGCCAACCAACGAGCGAAAGAGACGACAAGGGCAAGGUGCUCACACCCGCAUGGCUUCAAGCUACCACGGCCCAGGUAAAGCUGGCCUUAUCCACGGUAGCGAAGCUCCGUACACAAGACGCUAUCACGGUACGGGAAGCGCUCGAGCGACUCUGCAUCACCCUGCUUGACGAAUGCCACACGACCUUGGCAAAUUGCACGAACAUCCUCAUUGAGACCUCCAUAAUACUCGACAGAGGAGACGACGUGAUGCUCGCUAGUCGGACAACUCUUAGCCAUUUGGCAAGCAUAUACCCAGAACUGGGAGAAGUUAUCAAAGCGACGGUAUACAACUGGAUGUCGAGCCUGCCACGUAUAAUGCAAGUUAGCGACGAUGAUGCAAGAGUUAGUGCGGUGCACAACUUGUCGAAGGGCAUAACUCUACUGCAUAGCCUUGGCGUCGAGUCAGGAACACUAGAGGACUCAAUUACAGCUUCAUUAAAGGACAGCAUGAUAGCACUUGUCCAGUCGUCGCCACAGGAAACCAGCCCUACUACAAACCUUUCACUCCUCGAAGGGCCAGCAUCAGGGGACAGCAUUGACAAGCCCGAUUUUGAACAAGUCCUCCUUACUCGCCAAAGCCAGAAGAUGCUACGCGAAGAAGUUCUAGGCCUUCUUGAUAGGCUUGGAUCUGUCGCCCAGAAAGGCACGAUUGCAGAGAAUCUGAUGGAGUCUGUACGCGAGUCGUCAGGAGCGGAUCAACUUGCCGCGAUGUGGCUCUGCUUCGAACUGAUCAAGGCCUCUAAUGCAUCCUCUGCGGAGGCCGAAGCCUUUCUGGACUUGUCUUCGAUUUCCGGGCCGUCGGAGGAGGAUCCAGACAGUGUGUUUCACGACCUCUACUCCUUCUCUAUCCAGGUUCUCGAUAGCCACGCAGAGUCCAACGACGGUGAUUGGCGCCUGGAAGCACUCUCAAUGGAAGUCACCACGUAUGCCGCGCAUAGGAAUGGGGUAUCGUUCCGGCCGGAGCUCAUCGAUGUUCUCUUUCCGAUCGCCACUUUCCUUGGGUCCGACAAUCAGAACCUGCGGGAACACGCAAUUGCAUCGCUCAACAUCAUAGCCGUGUCAUGUCAAUACCCGAGUGUCUCUGACUUGAUCGUAGCCAACGUUGACUAUAUGGUAAACUCAGUGGCUUUGCGAUUGAACACCCUCGACGUCUCACCCGCCUCGAUGCAGGUGUUGCUCAUGAUGAUACGACUUGCCGGACCACGCCUGAUACCCUUCAUGGACGAUGUGGUAGAUUCCAUCUUUGCAGCCCUGGAAAAUUACCACGGAUACACGUUUUUCGUGGAAAGCCUGUUUUCAGUUCUGAAAGAGGUCGUCGACCAGGCUUCUCGAACGGAGCAGCGCCUAUUGACUGAUGCAGAACGCACCGUGGUGGAUCAUAAGAAGAAGCCGCUGAAGGAGAAUGGUAUAGAUAGCCUUCUGGAAUAUCUGGACAAAAGGGCUGAACGGAAAGCCCGAGACGAAGCGGAGCGCGCAGCUGGAAAGCCGAUUGAAGGCCACCCCGAAGCGCCCUGGGGAGAUGAAGCCAGCAAGGGUGGCGAGGAGGACGAUGCAGGCCCCCCUCCGAGCGAGGAAAAGCCUCCUGGCUCUCCCACAUACCAACUUCUGCUUCGGAUUGCAACGCUGACACAACAUUAUCUCACGUCACCCACACCGAAGCUCAGAAGAUCACUGUUGGAGCUUCUCACGACUGCUUCCUCAGUCCUGGCUGGGGAUGAAGAGUCUUUCCUUCCACUUGUCAACGCCGUGUGGCCAGUGGUGGUUGGCAGGCUGUACGACUCAGAGUCCUUUGUCACCAUUGAAGCCUGCCAUGCAUUAUCAGGUCUCUGCAAGGCCGCUGGAGACUUUCUAAGUUCGAGGUUCAAAACGGAAUGGGGUGAUGGCCUUCGUGAUUGGUGCUUCAAGACCCAGCAACGAGCGACCAGCACACUCGCCAGGGGCUGGGUUACUAAAACUGGCAUCCUUUCGGGUCAUGAUCGCAGUGAGGGCAUCCUUAUCCCCAUACGGUCUGGCAACGGAUCAGGCGCAAAUGAGUCGACGCUGGAGAUCCGCUCCGAGACGUCUGGCGGCCUUGGCCAGCACGCAUCGCCAGCCAGAGUCUGGGAGGCUGUGGUACAGUUAUUGACGGCGAUUGUGUCUCAUGUGAGCAUCGACAGCCAGAUGUUUGAUGAUAUAUUGGACCUGCUCUCGGAUGCCAUGGAGAGGGAUAGGGAGGUGAUGAAUGCUCUCGAAACGAUCAACGCAGAUGCAGUCUGGCUAGCACGCUACGAACGAGGAUACAUCGCGCCGUUGCCCACACCAAAGCUCGACGGGCAUCAGUUCGAAGAGAUGAAACAGAUGCCACGGCGGUAGUAUGCAUGGUUUAAAGAAUACGGACGCUAUUUAAAUGCCAGAUGCUACAUAGACACACCGUCUGUUAUAUCUUGGGUGUGCCCGACACGUAACCCUCGACUACGGCGGUCAUGAGACGGUUGGCAAUGGCCUGCGGUGGUGGUACACGCAGGCUACCCUCCUUGUAUCCCUCUGGUGUCGGGCCGCUCAGAGCGCUCGUGCCCUUGCCGAGGGCGUCGCGCACCUCGUCCACGGUGAACCACCUUGCGUCCUCCAGCUCCUGGUCGUUGAGAGAGAUGCCCUCCUGGCCCGGCAGCGCCUGGGCGAUGGCGCCGAGCAUUAGCGUGGAGGGGUACGGCCAGGGCUGAGUCGAGUGGAUGACGACGCGGCCGACGCGCACGCCGGCCUCUUCCCAGACCUCGCGACGGACGGCCUCCUCGACGGACUCGCCGGGCUCGAGGAAGCCGGCGAGGGUGCUGUACCAGUGGGGCGGGUAGCGGGUCUGGCGGCCGAGCAGGAUCCUCUGGCCGUCGGCGGACACGACGGCGGCAAUCAUGGUCGGGUCGGAGCGGGGGAAGCAAACAUUGGAC